UGUAACUUUGACUUUUGCAGCCAUGUCUGGUCGUGGUAAAGGGGGAAAGGGCCUUGGCAAAGGCGGCGCUAAGCGGCACAGGAAGGUUUUACGUGAUAACAUCCAGGGUAUCACCAAGCCUGCCAUCCGCCGCCUGGCUCGCCGCGGUGGGGUCAAGCGGAUCUCUGGGCUGAUCUACGAGGAGACCCGCGGGGUGCUCAAGGUUUUCCUAGAGAACGUGAUCCGGGACGCCGUCACCUACACCGAGCACGCCAAGAGGAAGACCGUCACCGCCAUGGAUGUUGUGUACGCUCUGAAACGGCAGGGUCGCACGCUCUACGGAUUCGGCGGUACCUCGACAAUGGCUCGUACGAAGCAGACGGCCCGCAAGUCCACCGGCGGCAAGGCGCCCCGCAAGCAGCUGGCCACCAAGGCGGCCCGCAAGAGCGCCCCGGCCACCGGCGGCGUGAAGAAGCCUCACCGCUACCGGCCCGGCACCGUGGCGCUGCGGGAGAUCCGCCGCUACCAGAAGUCCACCGAGCUGCUGAUCCGCAAGCUGCCCUUCCAGCGGCUGGUGCGGGAGAUCGCCCAGGACUUCAAGACGGACCUGCGCUUCCAGAGCUCGGCCGUCAUGGCCCUGCAGGAGGCCAGCGAGGCCUACCUGGUGGGGCUCUUCGAGGACACCAACCUCGCCAACAUGUCUGGACGGGGGAAGGGUGGUAAGGGUUUGGGAAAAGGGGGUGCCAAACGCCACAGGAAGGUGCUCCGCGACAAUAUCCAAGGCAUCACCAAGCCCGCCAUCCGCCGCCUCGCUCGCCGUGGCGGUGUCAAGCGUAUCUCUGGCCUGAUCUAUGAGGAAACUCGCGGUGUUCUCAAGGUUUUCCUGGAGAAUGUGAUCCGCGACGCCGUUACCUACACGGAGCACGCCAAGAGAAAGACCGUUACCGCCAUGGAUGUGGUCUACGCCCUCAAGCGUCAAGGCCGCACUCUUUAUGGAUUCGGGGGUUAGAUUUCAAGUUGUAUUGGUGGACAAAGAAAAACACAAAGGCCCUUUUCAGGGCCG